AUGAUACUACUUUCGCAGAUGACCUUUGAUGACACCGAAGAGACGCUUUCAAGGUUUAGAGUUUCCAAAGAACUAGGAUUUCUCACACGAUGUGAUAUCUCUAAAAUUUCCGAGUAUUAUCGUCCAUGGAUUGAUUUGUGCGCUAAUAUGAUCGAGCUUAUACGGAAAAACUGUGUCAAACAAGCAGUACUUAAACUACCUGAACUGACGACUUGCAAUCUCGUCACAUACGAGGAUUGGAGGAUUGCUCAUCUUCUUCUGGUCACAAUAGCUUCCGGAUACCUAUGGAGUGGGGAUCCUUGCGAAGCGCCUACUGUUAUGCCGAAAAUCAUCGGCUUGCCGCUGGUGGAUGUGUCCGAACGGUUAGGGAUACGACCUGUAAUAUGUCACGCCUCCGCAUGUUUAGCAAACUGGCAGUUAAUUGACAAAAAAUUGCCAUUCUCACCUGACAAUUUACAGUUAAAUGCAUUUAAAUUUCUCGAUUCGAAGGCUAACCACUGGUUCUUCACUGUCACCGCACAGAUCGAGAAAGAUUUUGCUCCGUGCAUCUACGAGAUUAUUUGUGCUGUUAAUUUAUCAACGCGUAAAAAACUCGUGAAUUUGGAUUCCGCUCUGUCAUCUAUAGUAAACUGUCUGAACAACGCUUUGAAAACCAUGAAGAGAAUGAACGAACACCUCUCCCCAAAAGAGUUCUAUCACAAAAUACGUCCUUUUCUUUGGGGAUAUAACGUAGGGUCACUAAAACAGUGUGGAAUUAUCUUUGAAGGUAUGGAAGACAAAGGUCCUCUGAAAUACGGUGGUGGUAGCGCUGCACAAAGUUCAACGAUACAGUUAAUUGAUGCGUUUUUGAAAGUUGAACAUACAGGUCCUGAGAAAGUUUUUCUAAUCGAACAACGUGAAUAUAUGCCACGAGAACACCGUGACCUACUCAAUUGGGUCGAAACAGAAACACCAGUAGAAAAAUCCACGGAAAGGCGACAACAGGCGCUUGACGCCCUCAGAGCGUUCCGAUCUCUUCAUCUCACAAUUGUUGCCCAAUACAUCCUCACACAAAUAGAGCAUUCAUCAUCAACCACUGGAACCGGCGGCACCCCAUUUAUGCAAUUUUUGAAAAAUGUGAGAGCAGAUACUGAAUAA